GAAAAUCUUUGUAACCACAUUUUCGUUUUGAGGUUCAACUCUGUACAAGAGGGCGUCUAUUGGCCGACUGUAAGCUAAGUGGCCAGAUAUGUUUUUCUUCAAUUGUCCAACUCAAUUUGUCAGUUAAAUCAUGUGUGUUUAAUAGCAUAUUUACAUAGAUUACCACGGAUUACUGACCCAAGACCUCCGGCUCUUGAGGGCUUCAUAUAUGAUUGAAAGAAUUGACUCCUAGCUCUAACAUAAUCAAGUGGAAAAGUGUUUUUAUUCUCUCGGAGACCUGAAAGAUGAUCAAUAUUUCAUAAAAAAAAAAACAGAUUCUACAGUUCAAAACUUUUCAUAGCCUUAUCAGUUUGUGACAGCAAAGGAUCGGGUUUCAGAACAGAAACAUAUGAGGAUAAUUGUGAACAAAAUAUCCAAGGCUGUCUGACUUCUGUUUCAACUGUUUUUUUGGAUUGGAUAUACCUUGACAGACUUGGUGUCUAAACCAGUGGUCAGAUGGUUGGUUGAUAAGGGACAGUGUCCAGCCUGGCCUUCACUGAUUGACUGCUUGAUAGCCAGGGUUUGACAUGUGUGGCUAAUGUUUCAAAGGAAAAUGAGCGAUAUGGCACAAGAUAAAAGAAACACAACUGGAGAACUAGCAGUCCCAACUUGAGAGCUCUCCAAAUCUUCCCGUCAAGGACGGACAGACAACUGGCGACUUUACAGGAAAACGAGGAAAUUGGCUUGUAUAGCUUUCCACCCCUCUAAGGACAACAGUCAUCAAAAUCCGACUGCUUUUCGAAUGAAAUUUCCAUCAUUUUAGCCGUUAUUAGACAGCAAAGUAAAAAAGGCCAGAUACUCUUCUACAUAGACAUUAUUAUGUAGUGGCUUUUUGAUCAAUCAUAAUUGCAUGCUGGGAUAUUCAAAUUAAGGAAUAAGUAGACGGCUUGCCUGAUAAAACUGUCUGAGAUUCCCGCACUUAAGUGUCCAGUUUUACGAACUCCGAGAAACCAGAGCAGAUUCUGUUGCUCUCGAACAAGUGUGGAUAUAGCUUCAUACCAAACUGAGUUCUGAAGGAUGUUACACAGGCAAAUGUGACCAAAUGCGGGUCAGGAAAAGUUUGUUUCGCCAUGUAAGGAUGAAGCGAUUCAGUCCGAAUGGUUCUGGCAAUUAUCCCGACCCCUCAAAGCCUCCUGAUGGGGAAAAUCACAGUCGGCUUACUGAUGGGUCGAAACGUGUGAAAACGUCUCAGUCAUUUGAGAGCUUGUUUGACAGUGAGACACUCAGUGACAUCACUGUCGAUGUGAAUGAAGGUCAAUAUGUGUUCAACGCUCACAAAAUGAUUCUUGGAAUAAAGAGUGAAGUGCUUGCAGCUGAGCUAAAUGAUUUAACGCCUGCAUCAUCGGAAGGUGAGCGACCAGUGUUGUGUGUUCAGGAGCCGCCAGAAUGUGCCGACGUGUUCUGCCGAUUCUUGUUCUUUGUCUACAGUGGCACGGUAUGGCUCCACAGGGAUUAUGUGAUAGCAUUACAGAGGCUUGCUCAGAAAUAUGAGAUGCAGCCACUGUUACUCCACUGUGAAAACUUCAUAACCCAGAUCCUUAACAACACACUAGCGGGCUGCGACAUUCCCUCACAUGGGUUCCAUGUAACUGUUGUCUGCUCCUUGUAUGAGGAUACAACCCAGACGGCCCAAGUUAGAGACCUCGCCUUCAAGGUGUUAUGUCUGUGUUUUACCAACCUUGUGCAAUGUGAUCGCUGGCCGACAUGUUCCUGGCAGCUUGUGUGCGACCUCUUGAAGAGUGAGUACUGCCAGGCAGAAGAGAAUGUAAUUCUUACAUCAGCCACUGAUUGGAUGAAGCGGAACAGCCUUAACGACAAGGCUCGAAUUGAGGACAUCCUUACACACAUUAAAUACCCUUUGCUGCAUAAAAAAGUGCUAUACAUGAUGCAAAAGAAUGGUGCAUUUAAAAACUUUCCUCGUGUGCAGGAACUCCUGAACAAUGCUGUGAAAUACCACUGUUUUAAAGACAUUCCCGAGGCCCAGCCUGACUUUGUUGGGCCGCAAUUUAUGCCCAGACGAAGAAUGCCACCAAUAGUCACUAACGAGAAUAACAAUUAUGCCGUGGAGGCGAGCCCUACGUCUAUGCGAUACUCUGACUCGUCCAGUCGCGAGGACAUUACGUACAUGAGCACUUCCGACUUGACUUUCAUGAACAACAGUGUGAAUGAGACUUCUACCCAUGAAAACACGCCCUCACCUUCUUUUUACCUUGAUAAAGCCAGCUAACAGUGGAUAUUGUACAAAAUGUGUUAAGUUUUAGUGCAAGUCUUAAAUUGGAAAAGUUUUAUCUCGAUUCCAUCAACAUUAAAUUCAACUUAAUUGAAUGACAAAUUGAUUUUUUUUUAUCACAUUUGUUUUACAACAUUUUGGUGCAAGCGAUAAAUUUGCAAACUCCUACACGUUCAUGAGUUUUCUUGGUGUUAAUGCGCAUUUAUAUUACCUGGUGCAUAAUAAUAAUGAAUAAUAUUCAUGACAUUAUGUUGUAUGUUAUCAUUUUAUGUGCUAUAAAAUUAACGUUUUAUUACAUAUUGGGAGAAUGGUUUGUCUCAUAAAUAUAAGUAAUAAGCUGUAAAGCUGUUGUUACAUUGGUUACAUGUUUAUCUUCAUUUGAAAUAUUGAUAAUUAUAUCAUAUGCUUUCUAAGACAUUUUGUUAUUGCUUCUUUCAUACAGUUUAUAAAACUGAAAUUAAA